ACCUUAUCAUUUAUGUAAAGCAGUCCGACUCCAACCCAUGUUGCCGCGAACGUGCUCUAUAGUUUGAAUGCACGCCUGGGCAUACAUUCUGCAAUGCUGCAGUCAACUAUACUAAUCACAAACACCUGGUGGACGCAAAAUCAUAGGCCACUGCUCUCUACUCUGUUUCGACGUUUACCGGUCCAAUGCCAUCUCUCCUCAAUUUUUUCCCCUGAGGCAUCGCAUUAUAUAGACGAGUACUGUGACGAUUUUUUGCCGUGGUUGGAACGCAAAGCUGGGACGAGAAUUUCUUCUGUGCUUUCAAUUGGAAAAUCUGCUUAUGGAAGGUCAUUAUAUGCUUCUAAAUAUAUUCGGACUUGGGAUUGCAUAUUGGAGGUUCCUUAUAGUGUGCAACUAUCCAAGGAUAAUCUCCCUCCAGACAUUGCUUCUUUAUUAGGAAGUGAAGUUAGUAAUGUUGCGAAAGUUGCUCUACUCAUUCUGUAUGAGCAGAAGUUGGGUCAGAAUUCUGACUGGUUCCCUUAUAUUAGUCGUCUUCCUCAGCCUGCAGAUAUGCAUAGCACGAUACUCUGGAGAGAUCAUGAGUUGAAGAUGAUUCGACCAAGUGCUUUGCAUGAGGAAACAACUAAACGAAAGGCUCAAAUUGAGAUGGAUUUCUGGGCAGUUAAAGUGGCUUUUGAUCACUUCCCUCAUGUUUUUGGAGAUGUAAAACUACAGGACUUCACAUAUGCUUAUGCUUUAGUUACAUCCCGCGCAUGGGAAGGCUCAAAGGAUGUAUCCAUGAUUCCUUUUGCAGAUUUUCUUAAUCACGGUGGCACUUCGCAAUCAUGUGUUUUGAGUGACGAAGGCAAACAACAUUCAGAGGUCUCCUUUCUGUAUCUUUUGGUUAUUUCGUGUGAAAUAUUUCCAUCAGCAUGGUGCUUAUUCAAACUUGACCAAUUGAUUAUGUACCGAUAUGCCAUCUAUUAA